CGUCUGGAAAAGGCUCGGCGGGUCGGCACAGGUCAUCCAGGUCGGAACGCAAGUCCUGAGCGUCAGUUGCAGCCCCCCGCCCCCCGGGCUCGGAAGGUUGCGGCGGCAGGCGUCCUGGUGGCGGUGGCUUGCGGCCCAGGGAGGAGCAGCGGCGCCGGGCUUUUGUUGCUCUUGCAGAACCUGUUCCAGAUCUUAAAGCAUAAAGUCGGAACUUUAUGUUGAAUUAUUAUUCAGGAAGGGGGAAAGAGUGUAAUCUCUAGGAGUACAGCACUGGAUAAACGAGGAAAAUUCUUCCAAGGAUGGUCUCCCACUCAGAGUUGAGGAAACUCUUCUGUUCGGCGGAUGCAGUGUGCUUUGAUGUUGAUAGCACAGUCAUCAGAGAAGAAGGAAUUGAUGAGCUGGCCAAAUUCUGUGGAGUUGAGGAUGCUGUGUCAGAAAUGACUCGGCGAGCCAUGGGUGGAGCAGUGCCUUUCAAGGCUGCCCUCACAGAGCGCUUAGCUUUGAUUCAGCCCUCCAGGGAGCAGGUGCAACGGCUCAUCGCAGAGCACCCCCCUCAUCUAACCCCGGGCAUAAGGGAGCUUGUAAGUCGCCUACAUGAACGAAAUGUUCAAGUUUUUCUUAUAUCUGGUGGCUUUAGAAGCAUUGUGGAGCAUGUCGCUUCGAAGCUCAACAUUCCAUCAACCAAUGUAUUUGCCAAUAGGCUAAAAUUCUACUUUAAUGGUGAAUAUGCAGGUUUUGACGAGUUGCAGCCAACAGCCGAAUCUGGUGGAAAAGGAAAAGUAAUUAAAUUUUUAAAAGAAAAAUUCCAUUUUAAGAAAAUAGUCAUGAUUGGAGAUGGAGCCACAGAUAUGGAAGCUUGUCCUCCUGCUGAUGUUUUCAUCGGCUUUGGCGGGAAUGUGAUCAGGCAACAAGUAAAGGACAACGCUGAAUGGUACAUCACUGACUUUGUAGAGCUUUUGGGGGCACUGGAAGAAUAAUUCAGAUUUUUAUGUAGUUUAUAACAACUUCAGGUUAAUUUUUUAAAAGUUACACAGUUUAAAACUGCUCACAAUGCCUAUUAUAACUUAAUGUUUGGUACUGCUGAUCUGUACUUUCAAAUAAAA